AUGACGGAAAAUUCUGUGGUUAAAAUACCGAACGGCAUAACGAAUUUCGCCAAAUUUUUUUCAAAAAUGGUUCAGAAAGGACCUCGACCUUUAGUACUUUGCGGCCCAUCUGGAUCUGGCAAAAGCACUUUGCUAAAACGCUUACUGAAAGAAUUCCCAGAUAAAUUCGGUUUUAGCGUUUCACACACUACUAGAGCUCCACGUCCAGGAGAAAAAGAUGGUAUACAUUACCAUUUUACUGAUAAAAAUGAAAUGAUGGCAGCUGUCGAAAAGGGGGACUUCAUUGAAACAGCAACAUUCAGUGGAAAUAUGUAUGGAACUAGUAAACAUGCGGUUGAACAAGUUCGCCGUACUGGCAAGAUCUGUGUCCUUGAUAUUGAAAUGGAAGGAGUGAAACAAAUAAAGCAAACUGACCUAGAUCCACUUUUAGUGUUUGUAAUGCCGCCAUCAAUUGAAGAGCUUGAGAGGCGUUUACGUGCACGCAAUACUGAGCAAGAGGAAGCUUUACAAAAGAGAUUAGAAACAGCCCGACGUGAAAUUGAAUUUGGACAGCAACCUGGAAAUUUUCACACUAUCAUUCUCAACGACAACUUAGAUAAAGCAUAUUCAGAGCUCAGUGAAUUCAUUACUCAAAAUAUUCCAGAAAAAGCUGAAGAAUCAAACAGCAUAAAUGAAAAC